AUGGCAGAGUUCCUUCUUUCUAAAUGCCUUGACGUAUUGUUUGACCGACUGUUGUCUUCCGACUUGUUGAAAUUUGCUCGCCUAGAGGGAAUUCGAGAAGAGCUGGACAAGUGGCGCAAAACCAUGACAAUAAUUCAAAGGGUGCUUGAUGAUGCAAAGGAGCAGCAACAGACUGAAAAGACAGUGAAAGAUUGGCUUGAUGAUCUCAGAGACUUGUUCUACGACAUAGAAGAUUUACUGGAUGAGUUCUCCACAGAAGCUUUGGAUGAACGCAAGUUGAUGGCCGGUGAAAGUCAAGCUAGCUCUAGUAUGGUACGAAAUCUCAUCCCUUCUUGGUUUACUGAUUCUAGUCCAAGUGAUGUUAAGUUCAAGAUUAGGCUGCGUUCAAAGAUAGAGGAAAUAAAUACUAGAUUUAAUGAUCUCGUGAUACAAAAAGAUCAACUGAAUUUGAAGGAAAAUUCUAGUAUGAGACCAAUUAGCAAAAGAAGAGAGAUCAGAUCUCCCUCAACUUCCUUGGUGACCGAAGAUCACAUAUAUGGUAGGGAGGAAGUCAGAGGGGCUGUACUUCAAUUAUUGGUCAGUGAAAAACAGAGUGAUGCUUCGAAUAAAGUACCCAAUGUGAUUCCUAUAGUUGGUAUGGGGGGUAUUGGAAAGACAACAUUGGCCCAGCUGGUAUACAAUGAUAAAAAAGUGGAGAGCUUUUUCGAUCUGAAAGUAUGGGCUUGUGUUUCAGAAGAUUUUGAUAUUGCUGCAGUUACAAAAACAAUUUUACAAUCUUUGACUCCAGAAAACUGUGAUGGCAAAGCUCUAAAUUGGUUGCAAGAAAAAUUGAAGGAGAACCUACGUGGGAAAAGGUUUCUAGUAAUUCUUGAUGAUGUUUGGAACGAGAACUACACUGAUUGGACUCUCCUACGUGCUCCUUUUGAAGUAGGGGCUCCGAGAAGUAGUAUUAUCGUCACAACUCGUAACCAGAAAGUCUCAUCACUAAUGCGAAACAAGGAAGUUGAGCCUUUUCAGUUGGAGUUGUUGUCAAAUGAAGCUUGUUUGUCCAUAUUUACCCAACAUGCAUUGGAAGCAAGAGACUUCAGUGCCCAUCCAAACCUUAAAGAUAUUGGUGAGGAACUCGUUAGAAGAUGUAAAGGCUUGCCAUUGGCAGUAAAAACUAUUGCAGGAGUCUUACGCAGUGAAUAUGAAGAUCGCAAUGAGUGGAAAAAAGUUUUGAAAAAUAAGAUAUGGGAUAUUCCAGAAGAAGCAAGUGGAAUUCCUUCCUCUCUUAUGGUAAGCUAUGACAAUCUACCUUCACAUUUAAAGAGGUGCUUUGCAUACUGCUCAAUACUACCAAAGGACUAUGAAUUUGAGGAGAAUGAGGUGGUUCUCUUAUGGAUGGCAGAAGGUUUGAUACAACCACGACAAGAUGAAGAGGAAAUGGAAGAUUUGGGUUCCGAAUAUUUUCGCAAUCUGUUGUCAAGGUCAUUUUUCCAACAGUCACGUGGGAUUAAUCGAGGUGAGUGCAAGCUGGCCUCAUCAAUUGAAUCACGAUUUGUGAUGCAUGACCUCAUCAAUGAUUUGGCUCAGUCGGUUGCAGGCGAUACGUGCUAUAGAAUGGAAGAUAAGCAUGGGAAUAUUCCUAUAAAGGCACGCCACUCAUCUUAUUUGGGAAGCCAAUAUGAUGUAACUAAAAAGUUUGAGGUUUUUUCUAAAUUCACAAGUAGUUUACGUACAUUUUUACCUCUCAUGCUACCAUAUCCAGGUGGUUGCUAUUUGGCUCAUCAUGUUCCUUUUGAAUUGAUUCCAACAUUACAUUGUUUAAGGGUGUUAUCUUUCAACGGAUACUGCAUAAUUGAGCUACCGGAUUCUAUUGGUGAGUUGAAGCAUUUGCGGUACCUUGACCUUUCAAAUACUGAAAUUAGGCUCCUGCCAGAAUCAAUAACUAGUCUCUACAACUUACAAACAUUGUUGUUGAAGAACUGUUUUGAUCUAAGGAAAUUACCUUCAAUGUUUCGAAACUUGGUCAACCUGUGCCACCUCAACAUUGAAGGUGCAUAUCGUUUGGAAGGAAUGCCGGUGCAAAUAGGUAAAUUAACUUGUCUUCAAACACUAUCUAAUCUAGUUGUGGGAAAAAACAAUUGUUCUGGGUUAAAAGAGCUUGGACCUUUGAUGCAUCUUAAAGGGACACUCUGCAUUUCAAGAUUAGAGAAUGUGAUUGAAUCGAAGGAUGCAAAAGAUGCAAAAUUAAUUGAAAAGACGAAAAUUGAUGUGUUGUCGUUGGAAUGGAGUAGGGACAUUGAUGAGUCAAAAGACACGACAAGUGAACUAGAGGUACUAAAUGGGCUACGACCUCAUAACGCUUUGACGGAGCUGGUUAUAAUUAACUAUGGUGGUACAAAAUUUCCAAAUUGGUUAACAUCUCCUUCAUUUCCUCGUACAGUCUCAUUGAGAUUGGAAAAUUGUUACAACUGCACAUCAUUGCCUCCAUUGGGGCAAUAUUUGCCAUCACUCAAAAAUCUUUGGAUCAAGGAAAUGGCUAACGUGAAGAGUGUUGGUUCUGAAUUUUGUGGCGGUAAUUUAGAGACUUUGCAUUUCACUCACAUGGUGGAGUGGGAGAAUUGGAGUCCUUGUGAAGAAUUUCCAAAUCUGCGUGAGCUUUCCCUUAGAAACUGUCCGAAGCUAUUAGAGAAGUUACCAAAUAACCUUCCUUUACUAAACGAAGUUCAGAUAAUUGAUUGUGCGCAGUUGGUGGUCUCAAUUUCAUGCUUUCCAGAUAAAUGCAAAUUUAACAUUGAGAAUCUCAGAGGGCUUUUUAUGGAAGGGGUGGUGUGUGGAAGUAAGGUUACAUUCAAAUCAAGAAAAUUCUACAGAUCACUUUCACCAAUUUCAGAUGAAGGGCUUGAUAUGGAAGGGUUGGAAAGGUUAACUAUUGACAGCUGUGAGGAGUUGACGAAUUUGUGGUCAGACAACAUGGGAUCACUGCCACUUGAUCUCCCAUUUCUGCGUGAUCUCCGCAUUUAUAAUUGUCCCAAACUAGUCUCUUUGGUGGCGGAAUCAUUACCCAAGGCAUUGAUGUACAACAACACGUGUCUUCAGUCUAUUCUUAUCAAUCAUUGUGAUUCGCUAACGCAUUUUGCAAGAAGCCAUCUGCCUCCAACUUUAAAGCGGCUACAUAUAGACAACUGCAGGAGUAUGAAGAAAUUGGUGGAGGAUGAUGAUAAUGAUACAAACAACAACAGUACUACUUGCAGUAGUGGGAUCACAUCUCGUCUUGAGUACUUGUGCAUUUACAAUUGUCCAUCCCUUGAAUCCUUAACAUCAAGCGGGGAAUUACCUACCACACUCCAAGACCUAACUAUUUCACUUUGUCCGAAACUGGAGUCAGUAGCCAAGAGUUUUCAUCAUAACUCAUUUCUUACAAAUUUCACCAUCUUCGAUUGUGAAAAUCUUCAAUCCUUGAACGGCAUACACAACCUCACCUCGCUUCAAUAUUUGGAAAUAAUUAAUUGUCGGAGCAUUUUAUCAUUUCCCAAAGAAGGUUUUCCCACAAACCUAACAACACUCAAGAUCUCUCAUCUUAAAAUCAGUGAAGCCUUGUUCGAUUGGGGGCUGGACAACCUCACUUCUCUUAAUGAACUUGAAAUCUGUGGAUGUCAGCAUCUGGUGUCCUUUCCAGAGAUGACGUUGCCUGCCUCUCUAACAAGCCUCCGCAUCUCAGAAUUCUCGAAUCUAGAAUGCCCGUCUUCCGUGGGUUUAAGAAAACUCACCUCUCUUCAAACACUCAAGAUUUCUAUCUGCAAGAAGCUCACAUGUUUUCCAGAGGAUGGCCUGCCUCCCUCACUCCUACAGCUUUAUAUCUCUUCUUGCCAAAAGUUGAUGUCCUUACCAAAGAAUGGCCUGCCUCCCUCACUCCUACAGCUUUAUAUCUCUUCUUGCCAAAAGUUGAUGUCCUUACCAAAGAAUGGCCUGCCUCCCUCACUCCUAGAGCUUCGUAUCUCUAAUUGCCAAAAGUUGAUGUCCUUACCAAAGAAUGGCCUACCUUCCUCACUACAGGUACUUCUAAUCGACAAAUGUCCUCUGCUGGAAGAACGCUGCAAGAAAGAUCAGAGAGAAGAGAGGCGCAGGAUAGCUGACAUCCCUUGGGUUCAAAUUAAUGGCAAAUACCUUUAUGAGACAGAAACAGAGGAAUAA